UUAGUCGCUGCGAUACUCGAUCCAUGUGACGGUUGUCGAUCGAGCGCGUCUCGAUCCCGUCUGACGUUCUCCCGUGUGUUUUAUGCGUUUGCGACGUGCGAGCUUGAGCUCGUGUGCGUGCGUGCGUGCCGCUCGAUAACGAGAGCGAGUUGAGGGGAAAAAAAAGAGGACGCGAGGAAAAGCCGCUCUUUCUUCGCCCAACAUUGUCGCGACGUUCCAACCUGUUGGCGCGUGUGUGCUCGAAGAAAAAGGAAGAAAAGGGAAUAUAUAUGUAUAUAUAUAUAUAUAAUCGAGAAGAGGAAAGCAAAGACGCGAAAGAAUAAAAAGGGAUCAUCGGAAGGCCGUCUUCGCCAUUCUUCGUGCGUCGCGUUCCGGAUGUGAUGCGAAACAACAACAAAAUCUCGUCUCUGCUGCCCUCGGCAGGCGAGGGCUGACGAGGUAAAAGCGAAACUCCUUUUAAAGAAAGUUCCACGCAACCCUCUAAUUUUUUCAGUGUCAUCACAUAAACAAAGAAAAACCUUCUUGGAGACGAAGCGUGUCGCGUUGAAUCAGUAGAGGAAUAAACAAACAAAUAAAUUAAACGGGCAGUUUGAAUUUAAUAUUGAUCCCUGCGCGUCUUUUCUCCACGGGCGUAAUCGCCGACACCAGAGCGACAUACAAACGCAAUCGCAUACACACCUACAUGGUAGCACGCGUUUCAUGAGAGUGACCGCGUCGUCGUCAGCGUCGUCGACGUCGCGAGUGAAAAGGCGGUCGACCGCUCGGCUGCUUUCACCGACGAGCCGCGCCGGUGGAAUAAUGCUGCCAAUUGCGCUUUAACACUUCGUCGCGUCGUUCGUUCCUUCGUCUCUUUCUCUCUCUCUCUCUCAUCUUCAGCGUGAAAAAUCACGCCCGCUCGUCGCGUCAGUAAUCGCCGUCGAGUACAUUCUUCUCAUCUUCUGUCGUCGAUCGUCGCCUGCAGCUUGCAAGAAUCGUGGAUUUCCUGCAAUCGGACGACCAUCUGCGGUACGUGAUAUCGAAGCGAUAGUGUUGCGAGGGAGUGUUAUUCCCCCUUGCGGUGCUUCGAAAUUUGCGGAUACCGCGGUGAUCUCACCGGUGUACAAUAUCAAAUCAAGGACGGACAAUCCUGGUGCGUCUUCGUUCGCGAGUACUUGGACUCAGUUCAUGAAUAUCUAAUCUUAGAUACCUGAUUCAUGAAUAUCUAAUCUGCGAAUAGUGCAAUCCCCGGCGACCUGCCCGGUAUAGUAAGUUGUAUGCAGUCAACUAUCGCGGGACGUCGAUCUCACGAUUCUCGUAGAAUUAACGGAUACAUGUGAUACUCCACAUCGCCAGUACUGACUCUCAGUGGAUCUUUACGAUAUAAGCUAUUGACUAAACGACUUCGCGGAAGAGUCAAAGCGACCCUUCCGCUGCAGUUAUUUAUCCUUUCUCCGAUCUUUAGUGACCUUGCUGCGUAAAACGUUAAUAACGGAAUCGUCGGGAAAUCAACAUUUUUCGCGACGCCCUCUCUUCAUCGUACAACCAAGCAAAUACUUUAAUCUGGACGCGAGUUAACCUUCCGUGACCUCCAUACGAGAUACCGACUCGACGCGAGUUUCCGACGCUCUCUGCGAUGCGCAGUACGCGAUUGUAAACUGCUCGUCACACGACGUGGCCAUUCCGACUAGCAUGGAAACAGCCAAGAUGUACAUCAGCAGCGAGCCGCAGAACGGUCACUCGACCACCAAGUACGCUUCGACCAACUCCAUCCCGGCGAUGAUGGAGCAGGAAUCGUCGCUGGCAAGGAUUUUUGGCGCCGUCAGCAAGCGCGAAAACGCGGCGAUUUUGCGCGACACGAAGAGCCGCCGACAUAGCGUUCUGGAGGAUCUGAAAGCUCGGCGAGACAGUCUUUUCCAGAGGGCUCGUAGGGCCAGCGUGUUCGACGAAAAGGAGAACAGUGCAAAAGACAUCGCCAAGGACAACGCCAAGAAUAACGCCAAGGAUAGUAAUGUGAGGGACAAGUCGAAGGACAAGAGGAGGAGCAGCAGCGACAGCAACGGCGGCGGCAGGCGCGGCUCGGUGUUCUAUGUGUCCGAGGAUCUGCUUGAGGAGAAUCAAGAGGUGCUGGAGAGCGAGGAGAACGCUCGCGCGGUCCAAGAGGCCAAGAAGGGACGCCGAAAGUCCUGGCAUCCGCUCGCGAAGCCACCCAAGCUGGACCGCAAGAGGAGGAAGGGUGUAUCCGGUGUUCCUUCGCAGACCGGCAGCACGGAAGCGCUUUUCUCGCAGAAUUUUCCUCGUCAGAAGAGGCUAUCCUGGUGGAACAUAUUCGUGCCGGAUUCGGUCGUCAGGUCCAGGCGAAUGUCUCAGGAUGUCACAACCUCGAAAUCAACAGAAAAUCUCUCAGCGUCGUAUUACAGGAGCAAGAGCCGUAGCGUGGAUCAUGGAUUCACGGCACCCUUCGAUUUGGAUGCUCUGCGGAAUAAAGUUGAAGGACGCUUCGAAUCUGUGGAUAAGCUCUCAAAAGAUUCCGAUAACGAGAGCAAAGAUGGCUCCACGACACAGGAGAAGAAGCAUGGUCGCGUCUCACAGCCCAUCAACACUAUUGCCUACGCGGUGGGUGACAGGGACACGCUUACAUCGGUGGCGGCGCGAUUUGAUACGACGCCGUCGGAGCUGAGCAAAUUGAACAGGCUUGGAAGUACUUUCGUUUAUUCCGGUCAACAACUAUGGGUGCCAGCGAAGGGAGAAGGACGCCCGGGAGGCGGAUCGACCACCGACGCGCCUAGCCCUGACCCUUGCCACGAUCACGAAUCGCAGGACGACUUGCCACCCGAAGAAAAAGAACUUCUGGACAAUCUAAGACCAGUGUCACCAAAACCAGGCCAUAUGGAACGAAUAAAAACACCUCUUGGAACUUCCGCAACUGCGGAUGAAGAUGAACCAUUUAGAGAAAGAUUUCUGAAAAUUAAUGUCAGGCAUAUCACGGAUGGCCAGGGUGUAGUUGGCGGUGUUUUGUUAGUUACGCCAAAUGCAGUUAUGUUUGAUCCAAAUGUAUCAGAUCCUCUUGUCAUCGAGCAUGGCGCUGAAUCUUACGGAGUGAUUGCUCCAAUGGAAUUUGUGGUCAAUGCUGCGAUUUAUUACGACAUCGCGCACAUGAGGGUGUCCCAUACCGAGUCCAGGAACUUGGAUAAAAAGCCUGAAAUUUAUUACAUGAAGAAACCCCAAAUAGAUAAUCGUAAGUGUCAAUCUCCUGGGAAGGACGAGAAUUUCCCUGAAUUAGCAGGUGACGAUAGUGAGAGUGUGUGUAGCUGUGCCGAGAGGGACGGCGAUGCUUUUCCAAAGGCCUUUGAACGAGAGCUUGUUACUCCUACCAAUCUCCAAAGUGAGGAGAAUUCAACCUCGACCAAAGAUAAAGAUAAAGAGAAGGAUAGUAAUGACAAAGAAUUUUGCGGUGGCGGUCAAGCUAGUAGGACAUUAGAAGAACGCAGACGUUCUAUGCUUGACCAUCAUUGGGCAGUUCCUAGUAAAGAUCGGAGUACGUUUUCCGUUGAUGAUGAACAGCAGGAUUCGUUAAAUUCUGAUAAGACGGAGCCGGCCAAAUCAAAUGCCAUUCCUGAGGACGAAGAAGGAUCUCUAGUCAAACUGUCGUGCCAUGAUUCUGGUAUCGAUAUUCGUGAUCCCAAUCCACCUAUUCCGGUAGUUCAGCCUAUACCUUCGAAAAAAGUAUACUCAGACGCGGACAUUGUUUUAUCCUCAGAUUGGGUACCUCCUAUAACAAUAGCACCAACGAACGUUACGACUUCGCUGGAGGCUGCUCCUACUAUUAAUGGUAGGAAAAAAGCUAGCUCAGUAUCUUUUAGCUUAGAGGGUAAUGUAGAAGAACACAAGGAGGACGAAGAACACAAGGAGGACGAUAAACAGGAAACUCGAAAAAACAAGAUGUUAAAACGUUUGUCAUAUCCAUUAUCCUGGAUGGAAGGUUUAACCGGAGAAAAGGAAGACGAAAGCAAAUCCAUUUCCGACAAGGUAUCGAGCCUUCCGAACAGUGCGGAUUCCCAUCACUCUUCUGUUUUCAGCAAAGUUUUCUCAAGCUCGCCGAUCAACCUGGUGAGUGACUUUAGCUCGGGCCUCUUUGCUAAAACCCCCAGCGAAGAGAGUGGCGGUAGAGCGGGCGGAACUCCUCCGCUUACCGCCUCCUCUCUCUCCCAGGACUCCAGCAAUUUCUCACCCGGUCCAGGAGGCCUCAUCGGACGCUCUUCCGUGGGUACUUUUAUUAGACAGCAACCGUUGACGUCCUCCGGCAGCAGCAGCGUUGAUAGCAGUCGAGGUAGCAAAACUUCGACGACAGCACCACGAUUGGAUUACCGUAGUAUGGUCUCCGUCGAGGAUAUGCCGGAACUGUUUGUGAGUUUCGACAAAUUGAUUCCUCGACCUGCGCGCUCCUGCGAAGACCCACCAUUGUACCUGAGAUUGCGAACGGGAAGGCCGAAGGAUAAGAAGAUACCGCGGUCGACGCCAAUUAUGAGCUACGGCAAGAAGAAGCUGCGUCCCGAAUACUGGUUCAGCGUACCACGUAACAGAGUGGACGAUUUGUAUAGGUUUAUUCACGCGUGGGUGCCGAAUCUGUAUGGCGAGCUGGAUGAAAAUUACUGGCGGGAACACGGCUACAUUCUGUCCGACACCGACACCGACCUGUCGCCUGAACUGUCACCGCAAGAAGGCGGCGAAAGUGGGGAUUCCACGGAUGAGAGCAAAUCUCGCGAACAGGGCGAUGAAAUCAGCGAGCUGACGAGGGAAUCCUGGGAGCUGAUCAAGGCCCCCUACGUAAAGCUGUACAGCAUCCUGAAGACUUCGAGUACAUCAGCUGAUUCCGAGCAGAUCCAGGAUUCGGAGGUACUGUCUAUGAGCGAGGAGUUCAGGCGAGCUCUUUACGCGAACAGUGCCAUCUCCCUGGACAAUGAAAUUAUCGUGCCCGAUCUGAUCGGCGUGACGGAAAUACUCAGCGAUGACCAUAGAGAACAGCUUUGCCGUCAUCUACCCGCUAGGGCGGAGGGUUACCAAUGGACUCUCGUCUUCAGCACCAGUCAGCACGGCUUCAGUCUCAACAGCAUGUACCGGAAAAUGGCAAAGAUCGAGAGCCCGAUCUUGUUAGUCAUCGAGGACACCGAAGGCAACGUGUUUGGUGCAUUUACUUCGUGCGCGCUGCACGUGAGCGAUCACUUUUAUGGCACCGGCGAGUCCCUGCUCUUCAGGUUUACGCCGAGGUUCCAGUCUUUCAAUUGGACCGGCGACAACUUGUAUUUCGUCAAGGGCAACAACGAGAGCUUAGCGAUCGGUGCCGGAGACGGCAAGUUUGGACUUUGGUUGGACGGCGAUCUGUACCAAGGCAGAACACAGUCUUGCAGCACAUAUGGCAACGAGCCAUUGGCACCGCGCGAGGACUUCGUCGUUAAAACAUUAGAAUGUUGGGCGUUCAUAUAGGACACGGCCUCGUACCCUCAGCCCGCCGCUCCUUCGUCCUCGUCUCAGCCUAACUUGACCUGAACUCGUGAGCUUCACGAAGGUUUCGCCCCCCCAGGAGAGAUUAGAGGAAGACUAAUGAAUCUAAGAGACAUUGCCGGAUAAGUUAAGUCGUACCGAUGUUGCCACGACACCGAUUAAGCUCGAUCGCCAUUUGGAGAAGCCUCGCCCAGUGCAGGACGGAAUGAAAUUUCUCCCAGGAGAAAGGAACGGAUCCGCGGGAUCCGCGCGCAAAAGGACAGCAAUGACAUUACCUGAAGAUGGUGAAAUCGACGAGAAGCAGCCUCGAAAGGGAUGCGUUACGGUAAAAAGAGGCCGCCGUGGUCCGAAGUUACGCGAUCGUCAGCACACAACACGUGGAUUUUGCGUAUCGCGUAGCUAUCAAUUAUCGCCCCUAACUCCUCUAUCUUUUUUAAGUUGGUGUAUUUAUUUGUUUUUUUAUAUAUACAUAUUCGUUGAAUGAUCGUCGCUCGUUAGUUUGAUUUGCAGUUAUUUGCGAGUUAGCCGAGAGUCGAAGAAUUAUGAUUGCUUUAUACGAUAAUCUUCGAACUAGUCGUGAGUUUAUGACACAUCUAACGCCGAUACAAAGGUAAUAGUGAUGUCGAUAAUGGUGAUGAUGAUGCAGAUGAUUGUGUAAUAAUAAUAAUAAUAAUGAUGAUGAUGAAAGAAUGAAAGCGUGAGUGAUUGAGAUGUGGAUGGUAUAUGUAAGGCGAGAUGUAAAAUGUUUGAAAGAGAUUUGAAUUUAUGAUUCAAUACGAUGAAAAAAUGCUAAAACUAACAGUUUGUUGAUGUGUAGAUAAUUGUAGAUAGUAAAUGUAAAUAUAUAUACAUAUAUAUAUAUAUAUAUAUAUACACACAUAUAUAUAUAUUAUACUAUGAUCGUGUUGCAAUGACUAAUUUUGACGGUACAAGUAGAGAGAACUCUUUACGGAACACUGUGUAGAUCAUCAUGUGUAAUCCAAGAGAACGUUUAUUGAUGAACGUACACAACACGUAUCAACACAUUACAUAUGAGAAUUGAUACACAGAUUACGGGAAGCGUGCUCUCGCGCAACCGGAUACAAUGAUCUAUGAUCUGAGAAAAAAAAAAAAGUAGUUUUUAGAGAAAGAGAAAUACCUCUCGUACUGAUCUUAUGAUUACAAGGAGAA